AUGGCUGAUUCCUGCCGGAACCUGACCUAUGUGCGGGGCUCCGUGGGCCCCGCCACCAGUACCCUGAUGUUCGUGGCGGGCGUGGCGGGCAACGGGCUGGCCUUGGGCAUCUUGGGCACGCGGCGACGGGCACACCCGUCGGCCUUCGCGGUGCUGGUGACCGGCCUGGCAGGCACCGAUCUCCUGGGCACGUGUUUCCUGAGUCCGGCCGUGUUCGUGGCCUACGCCCGCAAUAGCUCCCUGCUGGGCCUGGCCCGGGGCGGCCCCGAGCUCUGCGACGCCUUCGCCUUCGCCAUGACUUUCUUCGGCCUCGCCUCCACCCUCAUCCUCUCAGCCAUGGCGGUGGAGCGCUGCCUGGCGCUCAGCCAUCCCUACCUGUACGCGCAGGUGGACGCGCCGCGCUGCGCCCGCCUGGCCCUGCCCACCAUCUACGCCUUCUGCGCCCUCUUCUGCUCGUUGCCCCUGCUGGGCCUGGGCCGCCACCAGCAGUAUUGCCCCGGGAGCUGGUGCUUCAUCCGUAUGCGUGCCGCAGAGCCGGGCGGCUGCGCCUUCUCGCUGGCCUAUGCCAGUCUCGUGGCCCUGCUGGUGGCCGCCAUCGCCUACUGCAACGGCUCUGUCACCGUCAGCCUCUGCCGCAUGUACCGCCAGCAGAGGCGGCACCAGACCUCCCUGGUGCCCGGGCCCCGGGCGGGCGAGGAAGAGGUGGACCACCUGAUCCUGCUGGCCCUCAUGACGAGUAUCAUGGUAGUGUGCUCCCUGCCGCUCACGAUCCGUGGCUUCACACAGGCCAUCGCCCCUGACAGCAGUGAGAUGGGGGACCUCCUCGCCUUCCGUUUCAACGCCUUCAACCCUAUCCUGGACCCCUGGGUGUUCAUCCUCUUCCGCAAGGCCGUCUUCCAGCGCCUGCGCCUCUGGCUCUGCUGCCUGUGCCCCCGCGCGGCCCGCCAGGAUUUGCAGACGCCCCUUGCCGGGCCCAACGCCUCCAGAAAGACCUCCAGGCUACCCCCGAGCCUGGGGGGCAAGGAGGGCAGCUGGGUGCCCUUGUCAGCCUGGGGCGAGGGGCGGGUGGUCUCCUCGCCUGCAGCGCCAGGCUCUGGCAGCCCCUUGGGAACGCCUUCCAAAGCAGAGACAGCGGUAGCCUGCUCUCUCUGCUGACCCCUUAGUGGCCAGGUGACCUCGGUUACCCUUCUGGAGCCCCUUCCAAACCAGCACCCCAUCAGUUGCCUCUGACUCUGGGGGUGUCCCUCCAAGUGUCAGAGCCGAGGGGUUAUCAAUGGCUGGUUUUGGGGGAAGUGAGUUGCUAGGCUUUUGUUCCCAGGCACUUGGAGGUGGACUUGAAGCUCCAACCUUUCGGUUAGAGGUCAGGAAACGUGGGGGCAUGGCUGGCCCCCUGGCUGUGAUUGGCUCCGCAGAGCCCUCUCCCCCAAAUUCUGGGAGGCCGGUGGGGGCGAUCAGCUGCUAUUUCUCCUCCUACCGCUGGGUGGCGAGCGUGGGGAUGAGAGGAGGACGUUUAUCCCAGAGUGCAGAAAGGCUGGUUUUCUCAAAAUAGCCAGUGGCCUGGGUGGCCCUGCUGGCCCUGGCUCUUCAUCCAUCUCACUGUCUAAAUAUUUAGAAGGCAGGAAAGUUCCCAGUAGCUCUUUGCGAGUUCAGGGCUGUUGGGGUUAGGUUUUUGGCCCUAAUCCUACGUGUCCAUAGUGCCCGAGCUGCCUAAUCCCAAAGGGCCCAGAGGACAGCCCCCACCUCUAGGAGACUCUGAGGAAACACUCUCCACCCCUCUUAUUUCUGCUCCAGGGAAGCCAGGGAUGCUCAGAGGAGCACCCUGAGACUGUUGCUCUCUGCCUCCCCUUCAGGCAAAGAGACCCUGGCUUGGGGGAGUCACCAGAUCUGGCACCCCAAGGGGAGUCAGGAGGCAGGAAAGACUGCAGUGUGAUGGGCGAUGAUGUUGGUCAUAUGCCUUGUGGGAAGGGCCUGAGAAACUCUGCAGGGAUCAUCGAAGUGGAGUAUGAAUAAAGAGCCGUGAUGGCACCGUGGAAUAGGCCUUGGGCUACUAACCCCGAGAUGGUUGGUUCAAACCCACCAGCUUGCUUUUCAGGAAGAAGAUGAGGCUGUCUGCUUCCGUAAAGAUGUACUCUACAUAGGGAGCUACGGGUUGGAAUGGACUCAAUGACAAGGGGCUUGGAGCAUGGGUGGGGGCAGACGGAGACUAGGGCCAGAGGAUGGAGGAACGUGGGCUGCAGACCCCAAGUGUCUCUGGACUGUCUCAGGACUGCCCUAACCAAUUGAGAACACCUGAGUGGCUUAAGACAACAGGACUGUGUGGUUUCCCAGUUCUGGAAGCUAGAAGAUACCAAUCAAAAUGUCACCGGGGCCUCCACCCUCCCUCUGGGGGCCCUAGGGGAAGCUUCUGGUCUCUUCCAGCUUGUGGGUGGCUGCCACAAUCUUUGGCGCUGCUUGGCUGAUGGCUCCAAGCUCUGCCUCCAUCUGCACUGGAUCGUUUCUCUCUCCGUCUUCAUCCCUCCGUGUCCCUGCUCCUGUGUCACAGGACGCCACUCCUCUUGGGUCAGGACCCACCCUACUCCAGGAUACCCUCCUACUAACGGCUCACAUCUUCUAAGACCCUAUUCACAAUCAAGUUCAUGGUCACUGGUCCCAGGGACUAGGGCUUCAGCAUCACUUUUGAGGAGAUACCCGAGUUUGGAUUCUUUUUGGUUUACUCAACCCAUCAAAAGGAGCCCUGGUGACGUAGUGGUUAUACCUUGUGCUGCUAACCGCAGGUCAGCAGUUCAAAACCA